AUGGCUCAUCCUGGUGGACGUAUUAAAGAUAAAAAAGAUGAGACGAUUCUCGAUAAAAUCGGAACUUUGGGGAAAAAGAAGAAAAAAGAAGCACAAGAUGUCACUGAAGAAGGAAGAAAUGCCAUAGAACUGCCAGCCAGUCCUUUAGGAGCAGACCUUGGACCAGAACACUGUUUAUUGGAGGAAAAUGAGGAAAGAUCCAUAAUUGAUCCCAUCUCUAGACAAGAUCCAAAAGUUAAAGAAUUGAUCAAGUUGCUGAUUGAUUGGAUAAAUGAUGAGUUGGCAGUUUAUAGAAUUUUGGUGAAAGACUUGGAGGAAGAUUUAUUUGAUGGACAAAUUCUUCAAAAGUUGAUUGAGAAAUUAGCAAACAUAAAAGUUGAAGUGCCCGAAGUAACACAGUCUGAAAUAGGACAGAAACAGAAAUUGAAGGACGUCCUCAAUACAAUAAAUCAGGUGCUCAAUAUUAGCUGGUCUGACCACAGAUGGAGUGUGGAUUCUAUACAUUCCAAAAAUUUGUUAUCCAUGUUACAUCUGCUGGUUGAACUCGUGAGGGCCUUCAAACCUCCAAUAAGAUUGCCUGAUAAUGUCGUCAUCAACAUGAUCGUUGUUCAGAAAAAGGAUAAUGCACUUUUGACUAGCAGAAGACCCGUUCAGAUAACUAGAGUUAAUGAAGAAACUGGAGGAAGACAAGAACGAGAUGCUUUUGACACAUUGUUUGACCAUGCCCCUGAUAAACUAAACUUUGUCAAAAGAUCCCUGGUAGAUUUUGCAAAUAAGCACUUGAGUAAGAUUAACCUGGAAGUCACAGAUAUCGACAACCAGUUUCACGACGGCGUGUACCUGGUGCUGCUGAUGGGGUUGCUGGAAGGAUUUUUUACCCCUCUUUACAAUUUCCAUCUCACUCCCCAAACGUUUGAAAAUAAGGUUCAAAACGUCAAUUUCGCUUUCGAAUUGAUGGUAGAUUGUGGUUUGGACAAGCCAAAGGCCAGACCAGAAGAUAUAGUAAACUUGGAUGCGAAAUCGACUUUGAGAGUUCUGUACAAUUUGUUCACGAAGUACAAAAAUGUUGCAUAACAUUGUUUUUACCAGUCAUUUUAGUAUUUUUAUUAUUUAUUUUCUAACUUGUUGGUUUUUCAAAAAGAAUAUUAGACUUUUAGCAUUUGUUCUUAAUUUAUUAACCAUAAAUUUCACGUUAUGUCUCUGUUCAUUUAUUGGCUUUUAUAUGUGAGUAUGUUACCGCAUUAGUUUUUUAAUACCGUAAACGCUGAUCAUGUGCUUUCUAUACGUCCAUUCAUUUAAUGUGCUUAUAUUUUUACUUUAAUUCCCCUUUUAUGACAUAAUUUUAAUGUUAUUAAUAACUUCGUUAAUGUUGAUUCGUACUUGAUUCGAACUUGACUAUUUUAAAUGAAGGAAAGUAGUUUCUCAAUAAGCUUAUUUACAUUGUGAAGGAACAUAAAACACUGUUGCACAGUUUAUUAAAAAGUU